UGCUUUUUUGAUAGCAAUCUAUCAUGUUCUGUUGAGUAUCGAGGAUAGAGCAGGAGUUCACAGAACCAGUUUCACUUCACUCUCAUGGCUUUUGCUGUUGGCUUCUUCUUUCCAAAUCAAACUCUCAAAUCUCCUGCACUUCCGUUACCUUCCGUCUAUCCAUCUCCCUUUUCAGCUUCACAGAUUUCAACACUUUCUUCUUCGUUACCAAACAAUGCUCAUCAUCACUUGAAGCUCAAACACCUUAUUAGAACAUCUUCUGAAGGAGUUCCCAUUGAAUUAACCGAAGAUUCGAAGUUUGUUCCUGUAAAUCCCGAUGAGUUACAAUAUGGUCCACCUGCUUUGUUAUUGUUAGGCUUUGAAGUGGAGGAAACUGUGAAGAUAAAUCAGCUUUUGAAAGGAAUGGAUGGGGAAUUCUUACAGAUUAUCUUGUGUACUGAAGAGAUGAUUACUCGUUCAUUGUGGGAUGCAAUUAACACAGAGCAACCCAAUUUGGAAAAAGUUAAGAUUGCCCAGUCAUUGCCACGGAUCUGUUUCUUAUCUGGUCUUACUGGGGAGGAGAUGAUGAUGUUCAUUGACGCUUUUCCGGAAGCUGGACUAGAACCAGCUGUGUUUGCAGCUCUUGUUCCGAACAGUGCGGAAAAACCUCUGCAAGAACUGAUAGAAGAGAUUAUGGGAGACCAUGAAAUGCUGACUUCAAAUGAAUGAGAGACAAGCCCCGUAUGCAGAAUCUUCUCUCCGAAAAAUCAACGCUAUGCUAUGCUAACAUGAACUAAUUUUCAUUGGAAGUAUUGCUUUGUUAUGUUGAAUUAGCGUAAAAAUGAACCUCGGAAGUAAAUAACUUUUGAGAAUUUUUGAGUAUUUUUUUAAUUAAUUAUGAUAGUGAAGCCAAA